GCUCUAGCUCCACCCUCCUUCCCUCCGCCCUGGCACUGGCCCGCACCUCUGGUGACCAUCCUCGCACGUAAUUCCCCAGCCUGGGCAGAAAAGGUUACUGGGCUCUUUCUCUCCCCGACCCAGACCGUAUGCAGUUCUUUCACUGACCCAGAUUCUGAUCGGAAGCUAAUUGUUUCGGAUAAUGACCUCCAGGACCCUCUGUACCAGAAGCUCCCGUAGCAUCACAGCCACCAGGGUGGGCCCGGGCCUGCUGCCUGCCGGUGUGUCCCUCCCCCACAGGCUGUUCCCCGCCAUGAAGGACCUUCUUCCCUAUGCUGCCUGCUUCUUUGCCUUUUUCUCCACUGGGUUUUUGAUUUUGGCCACCUGGACAGAUUGUUGGAUGGUGAAUGCUGACGACUCUCUGGAGGUGAGCGCGAAAUGCCGAGGCCUCUGGUGGGAGUGCGUCACCAACGCCUUCGACGGUAUUCGCACCUGUGAGGAAUACGACUCCAUAUAUGCGGAACACCCCUUGAAGCUGGUGCUCACUCGAGCGUUGAUGAUUACUGCAGAUAUCUUAGCUGGUUUUGGAUUCGUCACCUUGCUCCUUGGUCUGAACUGUGUGAAAUUUCUCCCGGACGAGCCUUUCAUUAAGGUCCGCAUGUGCUUUGUGGCUGGGACCACCUUAUUAGUAGCAGGUGCUCCAGGAAUCAUAGGCUCUGUGUGGUAUGCUGUCGAUGUUUACGUGGAACGUACUUCUCUGACUUUUCAUAAUAUAUUUAUUGGCAUCCAAUAUAAAUUUGGUUGGUCCUGCUGGCUCGGAAUGGCUGGGUCUCUAGGUUGCUUUUUGGCUGGAGCUGUCCUCACCUGUUGCUUGUACCCCUUUAAAGACGUUGGGCCUGAAAGGAGCUACCCUUAUUCCACCAGGAAGUCCUACUCAACUGUAGGGGUUUCCACGGCAAAGUCACACAACGCUCUUCGGACAGAGACCGCCAAAAUGUACGCUGUCGACACAAGGGUGUGAAGGGGCCGGAAGCCACCUGUGUUUACACAGUCAGUGUACAUGGUCAGUCAGCCAGUUGCGUUCAAGUUGAUAACAUAGACGUCCAAUCCUGGGAAAAUUAUUUACACUUUUUCUUCCAAUAAAUUGCUAGCUUACUCCAAAUGUUUGACGCUACUGUCCCUUCUCCUUUCCAUAUUCUCUACUUCUCUCCCACACCCACUUUCCCCAUAUUCUAAGAUAAGGGUGCUAGAAUGUAGACAUGUUUGCUUCUUAUUUCUACAUUGCUAUUAGAAAAUAUGACAUGGUAAUAUUAAAAUACGAUGACACUUCCAAAAUACAAAACAAUUCUUAAAAGACUGGGAAAUCUCAACUUUGAGAAAACUGACAAACUCUCAGCUCCCUGACAGUCCUUUGGUUCAAUUGUUAAUACUUUCAGUGAGUGAGUGAGUUAUUUCAUAACUUUGAGGAAGAUUAUUCUUCCAAAUUCAACUUGUUUAUCAAAGAGUAACACUGCUAUGAUUUAGUCAAAACUGAAAAAGUAAAUAUCACCUUUAUGGAUCAGCCACUGGUGGGAAUUAAAGAUAAGCUCCUGUUUCACGCUCUAAAUGUCAAAGGCAAAUGCUAAAUUAAUGUAGGAACCAGGGAUGAAUUUCUGCCUCAUUAACAACAUACAGUGUCAGUAUAUUCCUUCACCAGCACUCCAAUUUUGACUGUAUGUUGUCACACUGUUAGACUGCAACAACAAUAGCACAUUUAGGGAGGACACUCAUUGAUUAAACAUCCAAAAUUAGUGAUUUUCCAUUUCUUUUUUUCUCAUUGUUUAUUGGUACAUUUUAGGUAUACAGUACAGUUACAUU